UGUAGAAAAAUAGUUGUUUUUAUCUGAUAAGAUUUUUAAAAAAAUACUCAAAAAAUGAAGGUAGUGACGUUAUUGUUUCUUUUAAAAAAUGUGAUGUCAAUAUAUUCUUGGUCAUUGGAUAAUGUUUGUGACCUUGAUGAUAUUAAAUGUCAAAAUCCGCAAAUCUCAAACCCAGGAGAGAUAAUUUAUGGACAAUGUUAUCGCCACGCUGCACUUCGUAGAUUACUGAAAGUUAGUUUUCUUACGUGUCUCAAAGAAUGCAUGAAAACCUCGACUUGUUCUAGCGUUAGUUACAGACGUAGCUGGAAAAUGUGCGAUAUAAAUGGAAAUAUGAAUUCGGAAGUGGAAGUUGUACAAGAAAAUGGAUGCUUUUCGUCGAACAUAUCUUCAUGGUCAAAGAAACUGGUUGGCAAAUGUGCUAGACAUACAUGUGGAGAAGGAUACAAAUGUGUUUUAGAGGAAGAAGGAACGAAAUGUGUAAUUGCAUAUUGUACCGGAAGACCAUUUGCUGCAAAUGCUGAACUGAAUGAACCAUUUGGACUUUCGAGAGACUUGGGACACGGCAUGAUGUAUAAGUGUCCGAAUAAAAUGCAUAUAUAUGGACAGCCUUUUGCUGUGUGUCGCAAAACAGGAAUAUGGAAAUCUCUGUUUAUUUGUGGUAAGGCAUUAAGAGGUUUAGAUACCGCGCCAGUUCAUUGUUCAUCGUAA